AGGGGCUGGUACUCUCGCUGGUGGAGAUGCCAGUCGAUCUCCUCCUGUCGGAUGCCUCACGGAGGGAGCCGCUGCCCCCCGGACCUUGAGGAGCCCCGGGUCCCCGGCGAUGGGGGCGGCGGCGGAAUAAGGAGGAUCCCCCCGCCCCGCGACCCCCGCCCCGCCCCGCGCCCCGGCGCCGGCUCCGGAGCCUCCACCAUGCUGACCCGCCUGUUCAGCGAGCCCAGCCUCCUCCCCGACGUGCAGAAGUUCUCGGGCUGGCCCGACGGCGGCGGCGGCGGCGGAGGCGGCGGAGGCCAGGAGGACGAGGAGGACGACGAGGAGGAGGAGGCCGAGCCGCGGGUGGGCGACCAGGGCGAGCCGGCCGCCAAGCCCCCCGGCCCCCUGCGCGACGAGGCCCCGGCCGGCGGGGCCCCGAAGGACGAGGGCGAGCCGGGCGGCGAGGAGGACGACGAGGAGGAGGAGGAGGAGGACGGGGGCCUGGACGAGGCCGAAGGCGAGCGGCCCAAGAAGCGCGGGCCCAAGAAGCGCAAGAUGACCAAGGCCCGGCUGGAGCGGUCCAAGCUGCGGCGCCAGAAGGCCAACGCGCGGGAGCGCAACCGCAUGCACGACCUCAACGCGGCCCUGGACAACCUGCGCAAAGUGGUGCCCUGCUACUCCAAGACGCAGAAGCUGAGCAAGAUCGAGACGCUGCGGCUGGCCAAGAACUACAUCUGGGCCCUGUCGGAGAUCCUGCGCUCGGGCAAGCGGCCCGACCUGGUGUCCUACGUGCAGACUCUGUGCAAGGGGCUGUCGCAGCCCACCACCAACCUGGUGGCCGGCUGCCUGCAGCUCAACUCGCGCAACUUCCUCACCGAGCAGAGCCAGGACGGGGCCCGCUACGCGGGGGCCAACGCCUCCUUCGCCGUGCACCCGUACCCCUACCCGUGCCCGCGCCUGGCCGGGGGCCAGUGCCAGGCCGGGGGCCUGGGCGCCGCCUCCCACGCCCUGCGGACACACGGCUACUGCGCCGCCACCUACGAGAGCCUCUACGGCAACGCGUCGCCCGACUACAACAGCUCGGAGUACGACGGGCCCCUCAGCCCCCCGCUCUGCCUCAACGGCAACUUCUCCCUCAAGCAGGACUCGUCUCCGGACCACGAGAAGAACUACCACUAUUCCGUCCACUACUCGGCCCUGCCCGGCUCCCGGCCGGGCGGCCCGGGCCUGGUGUACGGCUCCUCGGCCAUGCGGGCCGGGGUCCACUCGGAAAAUCUCUUGCCUUACGAAGUCCACCUCCACCACGACCGAGCCCCCAUGUACGAGGAACUCAACGCCUUUUUCCAUAACUGAGAGCGGAGGCGGGUGGCGGCGGGGGCCCGGGCGCGCCACCCCAGCUCCUCUGCCUCUCCUCCCCUCCGCCCCGCGCCCCCUUCCCACGCGUCUCCCCUCCGGAGACUGGGAGGCGGGGGCGGAGGAGGGGGUUCCCCCCGCUUCGGUGGAGGGGGACGCUUCGAAGAUGGGGGAGGGCCAGUCCUCGGUCCCCAGAUCUCGGGCCGUCCCGCCGUGGCUCUUCUGUCCGUCGCCUCUCUCCAGCCGGAGACACCCACAUCCCUGAAAAACACAAAACCACACUCGAGGAGGGGAACCUGUCCUGCUCCACUCCCCCCGACCAAGCCUUGUCCCUUGAUACCCAGGUCCCCGGGGCCUCCAGGGUGGAGGAGCGGAGCCGGCGGAUGAGGGGGAAAUCGGGGCUCUUUUAUUUAUUUUUGACGAGAAACCAGGCAGGGCCGGAGAGGGAUGAAGUGGGAAACGGCCUCUCCCCUCCCGUCCUCUCGCCCCUCUCUGAGAGGUCAGUGUAGGAGCCGUGGGACUCGCCCCCCCAUCCCUCCCACUCCCCACUCCGUCCCAGGAUGCCGGAGCCGUGGGGGGAGGCCGACCCCGGAUCCCCGAGAGGGCCCGGGAGCGCUUAAACCAGAUCGAUUCUUGUUUGGAAAGCAAACCCGAAAAACGCAAACAAAUGCGGAAGCCCGAGGCCACAGCGAGGAGCGCGGCUGGGAAUAAGCGAGAACUUUUAGAAGCAAUAAAAGGCAAAAAAAAAAUAAUAAUAAUAAUAAAAAAGACUUAAAUAUCUAUGCAAAUAGGUACAGGCCCAGGCGAGCGCCCCGCCCCGGCCCGGAGCCCGGAGCCUGCGGUCUCCGGAGGCGGAGUUUUCCCAAAUGCACUUUUUUUUUUUGAGUUGAGGACGCGCCCUCCGCUUCCCUCCCCCGUAAUCUCCCCCAAUCUUCCCUCCU